UAAAGCUUUAGACACAGUCAAAACAAGACAGAAACAGGCCGAUACUCCUAACAGUCACACCGUUCACAUUAACCAGAACCUCGAGGAAUCAUCAACAGCUACGAACCUUGGAAGCGAUGGGUGUGCAGGAGUGGACGGUGAAGGAGGCAUAUUACCCUUCAAAAUGCAGUCUCGGUGAAGGACCCUACUAUACUCCCGAACGACAUGAGCUUCGAUAUAUGGACAUCAACAAUAAGAAACUGUUCAUCAUUGACCUGAACAGAGGUCCGGACUCGGUCAAGAUCAUUGACACGAAGAUGGCCAUCGGCGUUACCGCGAACAUCGAAGGUGUCGACUCGUCAGAGGUCAUCUUGGCAGGCGCAAAGGACGGCGUCACCAAGUUCAAUCUGAAGACUGGAGAGCAUGAAUACGUCGCCAAAUACUGGACUGGCCCGAAUGCCGAAGACAAGACGAGAAGAAUGCGAUCGAACGACGGUGCUGUGGACACACAGGGACGAUUCUGGGUGGAAGCCUUCGUUGACCCUGAGAUUGCUGAACUCACCGAGGAAGGUUGCCUGUUCCGACUCGACCACGACGGUACGUUACGUACGAUGCACGAGAACAUGACGAUUCCAAACGGUAUCACCUGGAAUGCGAACGACAACACCAUGUUCCUCACGGACUCGCCGCGAGGUGACGUGUUCGAGUUCGACUACGACCCCAAGACCGGAGAUAUUUCCAACAAGAGGGUCUUCUUCCACCUCGACGAAGAAGGUGUCAACCCCGACGGUCACGCCAUGGAUGUCGAAGGCAACAUUUGGCAUGCCUGCUACGGUGGCUCGAAGGUCAUCCGCAUCUCGCCUCAAGGAGAAAUUACCGGAGUCAUUCAUCUGCCAACACGUAACAUCACUUGUCCUACAUUUGCUGGGACGGAGCUCUUCAUCACUAGUGCGAAGGAGGCCGAGCCAGAAAAGUUUCCCGAAUCGGCCAAAUUUGCUGGAAAUUUGUUCAAGGUGGAUGUCGGUAUCAAAGGUAUGCCGAAAUACAAAUACCGGCUCGCUUGAAUUAACAUCGCUUCUUCGUAUCCUUCUAGAAGGAGAACGAGCGAUGGGCUGGGCGAAAUGAAUUAUUGAAAAACCCAAA